UUAUAUUCAUAUAUUUUCUUUGAGAUAUAGUCCUACUUUUGGAGUUGAUAUAUAAUUUUCGAAGAUCCGUUGCGCGAUUGUAAUUAGCAUUGGGCGGGCAAAAGGGGGUAAAAUUGAUGGCGACAAAGUCCCCAACCACCGCCACUGAACCUCCUCCGUCUUCCUCCGCCGGAACACCUCCACCACCUCUCCCUCCUCCUCCUCUUCACCAACCACAGCCAGCGAAACCCGACGCCCCACCGUCGGAACCCAAACUCUCCGCCACUCCAGACGCUAACGUAAUCCUGGUCCCCAGCCACUCCAGAUGGUUCUCGUGGGAUUCAAUUCACCAAUGCGAGGUUCGUCACCUCCCUGAGUUCUUCGAUUCCUCUUCCAAGAGCCCUAGGGUUUACAAAUACUACAGAAACUCCAUCAUCAAGUACUUCCGAUACAAUCCCAAUCGGAAAAUCACCUUCACCGAUGUCCGCAAAACGCUCGUCGGAGACGUCGGUUCAAUCCGCAGAGUGUUCGAGUUUCUUGAAGCGUGGGGUUUGAUUAACUACCACCCCUCUUCGUCGUUUAGCAAACCCUUCAAGUGGGAUGAUGAAGAUACCAAGGUUGAUUCUGCUGAACCUCCUCCUCCUCCUGUUCGUGAAACCGCUAAGAGAGUCUGCAGUGGCUGCAAAGCCCUCUGCACCAUUGCUUGCUUUGUCUGUGAUAAGUAUGAUUUGACUCUGUGUGCGAGGUGUUAUGUUCGGGGCAACUAUAGAGUUGGUGUGAGUUCGUCGGAUUUUAAGCGAGUGGAGAUAAGUGAGGAGACGAAGACGGAGUGGACUGAGAAGGAAACCUUGAAUCUUGUAGAAGCCAUUUCGCAUUAUGGGGAUGACUGGAAGAGGGUAUCUCAUCAGGUUGUUGGCAGGACGGAGAAGGAGUGUGUUGCUCAUUUUCUGAAGCUUCCUUUUGGGGAGCAAUUCCUAGGCUCUGCUGUGAGUGAUGAUGGUUGUGAGUUGAAACAGCAUGCUGAUGAAUCGGAAACUGUUGCCUCCGCUGAAUCUAAUAAGAGAAUGCGUCUCACACCUCUUGCGGAUGCAAGCAAUCCUAUUAUGGCUCAGGCUGCUUUCCUGUCUGCUUUGGCAGGGCCAGAGGUUGCACAAGCUGCUGCUCAAGCUGCACUGACAACUUUGUCCGACGUUUACAAGUCAACUAGAAUAAAUUAUCGGUCACUUCCAAAGAAUACAUUGCAGCAAGAUGCUGGUGUCGCAUCUAAUGGUGGUAAUAAUUCAGAUUCAUUGCAAGGAGCUCGAUUGAAUGCAAGUUUACAGCUUGAGAAGGAUGAAUCAGAUGUGGAAAAGGCAAUUUCUGAGAUUAUAGAAGUUCAGAUGAAAAAUAUCCAAGACAAGCUUGUUCAUUUUGAAGAUUUGGACCUGCUGAUGGAAAAAGAAAGGCAGCAGUUAGAGCAAACGAAGAAUAUGUUUUUCCUUGAUCAGCUUACUCUUUUAUUUCAAAAACCAUCUGCACCAAAGACUGGAGAAUAUCCACAAGGCAAUCAUGUAAAGACGACGACUUAAGGAAUGAAGAGUCUUAACAAGUUAUAGAUCUUAGGUUUAGCUAGUGUGUUAUCAUGGACUCAAGUUGCUUUGGCUGCAAAAGUCCCUACAGUAUUUGUUCAUUAUUCUGUAACAGUUAAGUUAGCUUGAUGUAAACUCUUCUUUUGAGAUUAACUAUUUUUAGAAGUAGUAACUUUAACACAUGUGUCAAGAUAUCUUUUAAUUUAUUUAUGAUUUCUAUUUAAUCUUGAA